CUAUAUUCUCGAAAUCUUUUUUUGAAAAUAUAUCAAUGAAGCUGGAAACUAUUUUGAACCUGUUAUAUGCCUGGGCAAUGGGACUGUCUGUCCAAAGCACCAGGAGGUUGCUGGGCUUCCAGCAAAACAAUUCCAUCGUACAAUGGCAGCAGUACGCCAGAGAUAUCUGUAGCACGCAACUAUUAAAAAUCUGGAACAGUGGAUUCCAAUUAGGUGGCCCUGGUAAAGUAGUUGAAAUAGACGAGGCGCUGUUCGUGAAACGUAAGUACAACAGGGGUAGACUGCCGAAAACUUGGAUGAGUGUUGAUGACGAAGACGCAGCUGAUCUCCGUUGGAUAUUCGGCAUUUACGAUCGUACUUUGAAAAUAGGCGUGCUGGAAUUCGUCGAAAAAAGAGAUACAGCAACGCUCCUGCCUCUGAUCCAGAAAUACGUCAUGCCUGGUACCACUAUUAUGUCCGAUCAGUGGCGUGCCUACUCUGCAAUUCAAAGUACAGGAGAUUACGUACAUUUAACAGUAAACCAUUCAACGAAUUUUGUAGAUCCGAAUACAGGCGCAUACACGCAAAACAUCGAAGCGUUUUGGUCGAGAGGUAAAAAGUUCCUAAGAAAAAAUGAUGUUUUAAAAAGUAAAAAGCUACUCCCUUCUCACCUUGACGAGUUCAUGUGGAGAAACCUAUACGAUACUGGCAAUCCUACAACAACGUUUUUAACUCUUAUGAGUCAUUUGAGCAGUUGGGAAGCAUACCAGUGAAAUUACCUACGAUACCAGCUGUACGGAAUUGUUUUUUAUUUGUUAUUUAUUGAUUGUUUUUUUAUUUUCUAAUUCCAAAACCUUUUUUUUUUUUUGUUAAUUUGUUGAUUUUAGUUUUAAAAGGAUAUUUUUUUUCAUUUGUUUGUGUUCCUAGAAGAUCUGUGUUAAUUUAUUUAAUUGUUUUUAUUUUGUAAUUCCAAAAGAGAAGUAAUUUUGUUGUCAAUUUUUGUGUUCCUAGAUGAUCUGUGUGACUGUGAAUUUAUUUUAUUGUUUUAUAUUUUCUAAUUCCAAAAAGUGUUCUUUUUUCAGUUUUUUGUUUUAAAUUUUAAGGAGUAAUUUUUGUUUCAAUUUUGUAUGUAUGAUCUGUGUGAAUGUAUCUAUGUAUUUGAAAUAAAUAAUACAUACCUACUCGUAUGUAUAAAUAUAACCUGAAACCUGAAAUGCAUUUUAAACCACUAUAUUUACGUUCGUGUU